AUGCCCAAGUCUCGAAAAACUAGCCAUGGCCAUGAAGAUGACCUUGUGCUACGCGAAUGCUUGAAAGUGCCAGGCUGCACUGAGAAGGCGUUGCAUGGCAUUUUGCAGAUUGCUCGCCCAGAAGUGAUUCUCAAGUCUUACUCAGGUUACAAGCGCAAAGUCCACAAAGAACUACCACACGAUUGCACAGUAAAACUGCCAGUGGGAGAAAACAAAGAUGGACAGAUGAUCCAUGUAGCUGUGACUCACAUACCAAAGUUCUUGCAGCAUUUGGCAUCCCAGAAUGGUGCCUUCGCGAGGAGACUUGUCCACAUCAUUGACAGGUCUAACGGAGAGUCCUUCAAACCUUUGUUUUAUUGGGAUGAAGUGAUUUCAGGAAACCCGCUAGCACCGCAUUCUUCCAAGAAGAUUGCCAUUGGAUACUUUACUAUGGUGGAGUUGCAGCAGAGGCACAAAGAGGAAAGCUGGAUCCCAUUGCUGGUGGCGCAACACAAAAGCUUGGAGACAGUGAGCGGUGGUUUUUCCAGAAUGAUGCGAGAAGUGGUUUUGUUGGUGCGAUCUUUUGAUAUGCAACAUGGCAUUCCCUUGGAACUGGAUGAGAAUCAAAGGCUUCUUCGCAUUGACAUCAUGAAAGCAAAUUUCAUUGCAGACUUUGAUGCCAUCAGGGCAACGUACAAUUGGAGAGGCAGCGCUUCGAUCAAAGCGUGUAUAGCGUGCAAAAACGUGUGCAAAAGAGAUUCCAAUCUUGUUGAUGGUGAGAACUAUCUUACAGAAAUUUCGGAAACCAAAUGGUCCAAGUUUGAUCUCUGGAGUGACCAGGAAGUUUUUGAGCUUUGGGAUAUGAUGGCCCGAGACACGCCCACAAUGAAAAAAAAGGACAAAGAAAAAUUCGAGAAGCUUGCUGGCUUCAAUUGGAAUCCAAAUGCUUUGUUCGCUCACGCUGAGGCCAGGGAAAUUUUGAAACCAAGUGCCGUGCUUUUUGAUCCAAUGCAUAUUUUCUGGGCAUCAGGUGUGGCAGCUUGGGAGGUUGUCAACUUGAUGUCAGUACUUGCGACCAAGUGCAAUUUUACUUGUGAAGAUCUAGCCGGAAAAAUUCAGGGCACCCCUUGGUGUAGUAGUACGCGAAAAGGGCAGUCCUGGCGAAAGAAUUUGGCUGAUGCACAAAAGUUCUCUGGUGACGCUUACCGUGGCUCAGCCAGUGAUUUGAGAAUGCUCAUUCCUUUGAUGCUUUAUCACAUCAUGGAGUCAAUCGACGACACUGAGCCUGUUCAGGCUGAGCUUCAAUCCUUUUAUGCCCUGGUUAAGCUUCUGGAGAUUUUGGCCAGCUUUCAAUGUGGGAUCUCGAAAGUCAAAUGCCAACAACUUUUGAAGCAAACCGAAACCUACUUGGAGCUUUACCUUUUGGCCUAUGAAAACUGCAAGCCAAAGCACCAUUACCAAUUGCACCUGUGUGACAUGAUCUGGCGUACUCAUCUUUGUGUGGACUGCUUCCCACAAGAGGCAAAACACAGGACGUAUAAGUAUCAACUUCAAAACAGGCUGGAUGGGAUGCUACAUGAUCCAUUCCUGUUUUCAGAAGGCGUCUUGACGCGUCUUUUGAACAGCCACUGCCGCCUUUUCGACAAGCCGUGCUUGCCUGGUGACCUCACACCUCCAGUAUCUGAAAGUCAGAAGCUUGUAGAUGGUUCGAUGGUGUCUGUGCUAGAAGGUGCCGCUUUAGAUCUGGAAGCAGGCCGUGUCUACAAAGAUGAUUUUGUGAUAAGCCCGCGUGGCAGCGGUUUGGUACGAGCUUGUUUGAGAUUUCGCGAUCGCGCUUGGGUGCACAUCGACCUCUACGAUAGAGUUGAGAGCUGGGCUUGCAACAACGUGACCUUGUGGCGCCCAAAGGGCGACACGAAACUGGAUUUUACCCCGCAUUUUGCAUUGAUCACUGAUGUGGAUGGCCAAGUGGAACUUCGGGCGCACGGCCGCUGCGCCGUAGGCCGCGAGAAAGCACUCUUGGCGCUUUGUUUGGCAGGCCAGGAGCCUUGUGGUAGCUCGAGGAUUACCUUUGAGUUCAUGGAGGGAAAGACAUAA